CAAUGUUCCUAAAUGGUCUUUGUUUUGGGUGCAUUGAUCGCCCUCAUUCGGUGCAUUUGCUGAAAAGGGAAUUGUAAACAUAUGUAUAACAGUAAAUCCUCGUAAAGAUGGAAGAAAAGCAGUAUACGUCACUGACGGUUCCUACGGAUUAUCUCCAACAGUGGUACCAGUCCACCCAGCAGCACCCCCAAGCUCAACAUGUGAUGCAGUACCAUAACACAGGUCAUAUGGGCCAUUACAUGGAGGGAUCCAGAGAGGACCGGGUCAUGACAGAGCUGUCGGUCCACCAGGAGCUCCCAGUCCACCAAGAGCUGGACUUCCAUCAUGACUUCCUCGGCCAUCAAGAGCCAAUUGUCCAACAUCAUCAGCCUGUGGAUACAUCACAAGCUCCAAUGCCAGGGAAGAGAAAGAGAGGUAGGCCUCCCAAACAGAAGCCGGGGGAGGGCCAACCGCAGGAGGAACACGAUCAGGCAGAAGCUCUGAAGAAAGCCAAAAGGACCCUUAACCGCUUCAAUGGCAUGUCAGUGGAUGAGGUCAUGGCCAAAACCCUGCCAGACAUUAUUGACCACAACCUCGACAUUUUGAUAAUUGGUAUCAAUCCAGGACUAUUGUCAGCCUACAAGGGACGACAUUACCCAAACCCAGGAAAUCAUUUUUGGAAAUGCCUGUUCCUCUCUGGUCUCACUGAUGAGCAACUCAACCACAUGCACGAUCAAAACCUACCAGAGAAGUAUGGCAUUGGCUUUACCAACAUGGUGGAGAGGACAACGCCAGGAAGCAAAGACCUCUCAAGCAAAGAGUUUCGUGAAGGAGGCCAUCAAUUGGUAGAGAAGCUGAAGAAAUACAAGCCACUAAUUGCAGCUUUCAAUGGAAAAUGUAUUUACGAAAUUUUCAGCAAAGAGAUCUUUGGCGUGAAGGCAAAGAAACUCGAGUUCGGCUUACAGCCGUACACAAUCCCAGAAACCAAAACGGUGUGCUACUUGAUGCCCUCGUCAAGCCCCCGCUGUGCCCAGUUCCCCCGCGCUCAGGACAAGGUUCACUUCUACAUCAAGCUGAAGGAGCUACGGGACAAGAUCAAGGGUGUGGCCCCAGUCGCCCGUGAGGUGCAAGAGACAGAGUACCACUUCGACUUGGGACUUGCCAAAGAGGAUGCUAAGAGGAUGGCCAUCAAGGAAGAGCAGGUGGAUCCUGAGUACGAGAACUGCGGUGGGGCGCGCCAGGAUGCAAAGCAAAGCACCAGCUACUGCAACAUUUCCUCCACCAAAGAGACAGGAAUGCCCAGUAAGGACCAAGCUACAGCAAUGAGCCACAUGCCAUACGACCAGUGGAUGACACAGUCGUUUGCGGACCAGAUACCGGACAUUAGCUGUAACAGUAGCAAUGUACCUCAACCUCAGUUGGGAGCAGAAACCUUUUGAAGAAGGUCCCACAAGAAGAGUCAUUGGGUCAUACCGUUUCUGAGGCAUCAUAAUGCAUGCGUUACACUAGAAGGAAGACUGAGGGGAAAUGGCCCAUCUUGACUGGACUCCCAUUUUCAAAUCCUCUUUAAAACACAGGCCAUUUUUUUCUUAAUUUUGUAACUAUUUAUUGCAUUUCAUACAGCAUGUGUCCAGUGUCUUAUUUUUAUAUUUUUAAAGAAUGGAAUUUUGUCGUAUAUCUCACUUGUGUAAUUGUGCUCUGGAAUUUUCAAGUUCGUUAUUACCGAGAUAUUAAAUCAGUUGUAAAACUGACACAGUUACUUUGUGUGAUCGCAGAACUUAUUGAUGUACAUUGUUCAUGACUCAUUAGGGCACACCGUAUCAAAACGUAUUGCAACGGGAAACGAAAACAAGUGUUUCUUUUGUUGAGAUAUUCGGAUAGUUACCUCCCCGUUUGCUUCCGUUUUUUGUUUAGUGACUUCAACUGCGGAAAGCUUUGAAGAAAACAGAACAACGGGGAUGAACUGAAAUGUAAAAAAAAUAAAAAUACCGUACCGUGUGCCCUAAUGAACAUGCCCCUAAUUUUCAUCUUCUGGAUUCACGGCCACCUUGCCAGCAGGUCUCUCGAGGCCUUUUUGCACACAGACAGUUUCAGUUGCUCAAGAUCAGGUGAAGGUAGCCCCAGUUUCCUCCUUGUGACUGAUGAUUAUGGCGUUGUAUCAUUCAUUUUAAUACUGACCCAUAUAUUUCACUUCAGCAAAGUAAUUGCCAAAUAAAUGAGACGGACAACUUA